AUGGGCUCACUCCAGCCAGCUGUCCUGCCACCCAGGGGAGACCAGGACGCUGGCGGUUCUUCGCCGGAGAUUUUGGUGGCCUUCUAUGAUCAGAGAUUGUCGCAGAUACAGCGCAGCCUCCGUCGGUGUGCCCGCACCUGGCGACAGACCCGCGCCGCCCUCCUCCGGGCAUCUCGCCGCACCCAGCACCAAGCCAACCAGCGGCGGUCCAAGGCGCCGAUCUACGCCCCUGGACAACUGGUUAAACCGGUUCAGGAAAGCCCGCUGGCCCCUCCCGUUCCACCCCCUCCACCCCCCCGGCUCCUGGAUGGUGACCCCAUUUACACAGUCUCUCGACUAUUGGAUGUCCGUCGCCAGGGUAGGGGCCUACAAUAUCUGAUGGACUGGGAGGGUUAUGGCCCGGAGCAGCGAACUUGGGUCCCCAGCAGCCGCAUUCUGGACCCCUCCCUCAUCCGACAGUUUCACCGAGAGCACCCUGAUCGAAUCCAUGGGGCGCCAGGAGUAUUUUUGACCUUUAACUCACACAUAAAGCAAGUCUGUAGGACUUCCUUUUUUCACCUGCAAAAUAUUGUAAAAAUCAGGAACAUCCUGUCUCAGAGUGAUGCAGAAAAAUUAGUUCAUGCUUUUGUUACUUCCAGGCUUGACUUUUGCAAUUCCUUAUUAUCGGGUUGUCCAAAUAGCUCUCUUAAACAUCUACAGUUGAUCCAAAACGCUGCUGCGAGAGUACUGACAGGAGUUAGCAAAAGAGAUCAUAUUUCCCCUAUACUUGCUUCUCUUCACUGGCUUCCUGUUAAAUUCAGAAUUGAAUUUAAAAUCCUUCUUCUGACAUAUAAAGCUCUUACUAACCAAUCUCCAUCAUAUCUUAAAGAUCUGUUAGUACCAUAUUAUCCUAGUAGAACUCUUCGCUCUCAAACUGCAGGCUUACUUGUUGUUCCAAGAAUUUCUAAAAAGAAUGCCUUCAGUUAUCAGGGGCCUCUCUUGUGGAACCUGCUCCCAGUUUUGGUUCGGGAGGCAGAUACCCUCUCUAUUUUUAAGACCAGGCUUAAAACUUUCCUUUUUAACAAAUCUUAUAGUUAGGGCUGACUGGGUUACCCAGAGGGGUUCGGCCUGUGUCUUCGUUUCCACAGCUGACUCCCUCUUGGACGUCCCUUCGUUCUGCCCCUAGUCAUGCUGCUAUAGGCCUAGGCUGCUGGGGGACUUCUCUUGACGCACUGAGCCCUUCUCUAUCUACCUUUACAUUUAAUAUGUAUACCGUUAUUGCAGUACAUUCACUCUGUUUCUCCCUGUGCUAUUUCUCCGAGUGUCCCUGGUCCCAGAACUGGAUGCUUCAGAUCUGCGGUUGAUGUUCCACCAACUGGUCCAGUCUCCACCAUGUCCACGGUGGGAUGCUGCUGCUGACCUUCCUCCAGCCCUCCGCUUCCAACUCCCCUUUUCCACCAGUCAACUCUGCAUCGCCUUCACUAUACUUGUUAUGCUAACUUACAUACUGUUUGAAUUUUACUGCUAGCUAUAUACGGAGUAUGUUUAAUGUCAGAACCAUACAUCAUAAGAGCAAACUAUGAGUCAGUUUUCAAUGUUAGCUUAUACUUUGUUUGUGUCUCAUAUCCUGUCAUACAUGUAUCCAAAUGUGUGUUGUGUUUUCCUUGCUUUCCCACCCGUCCCUCUUCUCCCAUCCCUCCCCCUUGCCCUCCUCUGUCCUUCUCAACCCGCCCGGCCAGCAGGCAGAUGGGUCCCCCCUAUAUAGAGCCAGGUUCUGCUCGAGGUUUCUUCCCUGUUAAAAGGGUGUUUUCCUUGCCACUGUCGCCUUUGGGCUUGCUCUGGGGGUCAGGCAUAUGGGUUCUGUAAAGCGUCUUGAGACAAUUUGACUGUAAUUGAUGCUAUAUAAAUAAAAUUGAAUUGAAUUGAA